AGACCCGUGAUUGGACGCUUGGAGAUUAUAGAUAUGUAUAGAUAUGUCGUGUACUCCACAUAGGGGGCGGGACACAGACUGGAGAAGCGCUUGUCCAGCAACAUUAAGAGGUACCAGAACACUGCACUAAUGCACCGUUUCGUAAGGAUCAAUUUUGGUUGUAUCCAGAGGAAAAGUUUUUCAUCGGGGAGAAUUCCUUAAAGCCAUUGCCUUCAACUGGCUCGGAAAAUUUGGCCACCACAACAAUUUUGCCCCCCUCUUCCUCCUCCUCUUCCUCCUCUGCUACCUCUGCACAGAGUGAACGUUGAUAUGCUGCAUCAGUGAUGGAGCCCAUGACGUUUACCACGUCGCUGGCGGGAUCAGAAGAGUUUGAUCGCAAUGCCCCACGGAUCUGUGGGGUUUGCGGGGACAAGGCCACUGGCUUCCACUUCAACGCCAUGACCUGUGAGGGUUGCAAGGGCUUCUUCAGGCGCAGUAUGAAGCGUAAGGCUGCCUUCACCUGCCCGUUCAGCGGAAGCUGCACCAUCACCAAAGACAACCGACGUCACUGCCAGGCCUGCCGUCUCAAGCGCUGUGUUGACAUUGGCAUGAUGAAAGAGUUCAUCCUCACCGAUGAAGAAGUCCAGAGGAAGAAGGAAAUGAUAUUGAAAAGGAAGGAGGAGGAGGCCGCAAAGGAAGCUUCAAGGCCUCGGCUCAACGAAGCGCAGGCCCAGAUCAUUUCGUCUUUGGUUGAGGCUCACCACAAGACUUAUGAUGCCUCCUAUUCAGACUUCUCCCGCUUUAGGCCUCCAGUGCGUGAAGGUCCGGUAACACGCAGUGCCAGCAGAGCCGCCUCCCUUCACUCUCUGUCCGAUGCGUCCUCCGACUCGUUCAAUCACUCACCUGAGUCGCUGGACACCAAGUUGAACUUAAGCAACCUGUUAAUGAUGUACCAAGAUGGCGCAAGCAGUCCAGACUCUAGUGAGGAAGACACUAAGCUCUCCAUGCUGCCUCAUCUGGCUGACCUAGUCUCCUACAGCAUCCAGAAGGUCAUUGGGUUUGCCAAAAUGAUCCCAGGCUUCAGAGACCUGACGGCAGAAGACCAGAUUGCCCUGCUGAAGUCGAGUGCCAUUGAGAUUAUCAUGCUGCGCUCCAAUCAGUCUUUCAGCCUGGAGGACAUGUCCUGGAGCUGUGGAGGACCCGACUUCAAAUACUGCAUCAAUGAUGUCACAAAGGCGGGUCACACUCUGGAGCUGCUGGAACCAUUGAUCAAGUUCCAGGUUGGCCUGAAGAAACUCAAUCUGCAUGAGGAGGAACAUGUCCUGCUCAUGGCCAUCUGCCUGCUCUCCCCAGAUGGUUUCGGACCUCGGAAAUGGAUCCAUAUUACAUGUACACACUUGGUUCAAAGUCUUCCUUUAAGAAGCUCCUGCUUAAACAUGAUGUCCACACGCAGCGCUGUGCGUGUUUACUGAACCCACUGGGUGAGUUACGUGCUGUUCAGCUUUGAUGUCGCGCCAGUUACGCGGCUCGUGCAGCUAUCGGCGUCAAGCCUACGCACACGCGGGCAAACAGAAAGGUUUGGUCAAAACGUUGCUAUCGUAAAGGUGUUUAAAGCUACCCAGCGGCACUGAGGCAAGGGAAGAAUUUAUUUGAGUGAACAAUUCACCUGAAACACACAGUCGGUUUGAAUGGAGGUAUUCAUUGUGGUUGCCAUUCAUUUCACAGAAGCAAAGUUAAAAUAUUGGAGUUGUUUUAGGCCCGGCUUACUUAAUGAAGCCCUCUUUCAGCAAGAAGAUGACAAAACAAAGGUAGGAAGUGAGCGAGUGCUGUGUAACCAGGGGAGUAUCUAUAACGUUAACAUUCCUUAAGUAGGCCAAGUAGAGAAGAGGUUCCCAGCUUUUUGCUUCAACCCACAAAACAGCAGCAGCUGCUGGCAUCAAGGGGUCUGGACCCCAGACUGUCCCAGCCUUCCUCCUCUUUGUAUUCUCCUUUCCCACCCUUGUUCUUGGUUUCACUGUUAUUCACCUUCACUUCAACCACUUGAACAUAUCAUUUCCUGGCAGCACAAAUUUAUAUGAAUGGCGCACUUUCUCGCAAUAAAACUUUGAACGUUCCGUCUUGCCUUUCUAUUGUGUUUGUUUACAGUGGCUCUUCACUUUGUUUACAUUUGGGUUCCACUUCAGUGGCCAACAGAGGAAGUUUCCACCCUUUCAUGGGAUUAAUCAUUGAGUCACCGGUGGACCUGGCAACGUCAGUUCUUGACAGAUGAUUUUGCGCUUACUGAACGGCAGCACGAAAGAAAAUCUCACUCCAGAUUUAUUACCAUUCAUUUUAUGCAUAUUUCUAACUCGGUAGUUUAUGCAUUUGAAUUUAUAUGUAGCUCAUAGCAGUGGUGGGUGGUGCUUUUUGGACCCGGAGACUUAAGUGGCCUAUUCCACCCCUCGAUACCACCUUGGCAGAUGACAUUGACAUGACAACACAUGAGGUCAAAUCUAAUUGCCCCUCCCCCCCAAAAGGAACAUGCCCACUAAUGGAAGUCACGCAGCCCAGAGAAUUGCUGUAAAAUGACAAUAGGCUGUUGAAAAUAAAUGUAUACAAUUUAAUUGA